CUUUCCCUUUCUGCGCGCACUUGCCUUUGGAAAGAACUCAUUCUCGUUUUCUCCCUUCGGUUAUGCUGUUUCUCUCGUUUGUUUGUGCAUUUAUGUGUGGUUUGUUUAGGAGAAGUCUGAUGGAAGCGAUUUUGUAGCGGUUUCAUAGGUGACGGUGCCUUCGUGAUAUCUGCUGCGUAGAAACCAAUACUUGAUAAAUUACUGAGCAGUACCCUAAUGAUGAUGGAAGCAAGAUCUUCUGGAAAUUUGCUGGACUUGGCAGCUGGAGAAUUGCUUGAUGUUCCUCGAACACCUAGAGACCUUCCUAGGUUAAUGACUCUUCCUGGAGUAAUAUCUGAUGGUAAUGGAAGCAGUGAUGCAGAGUCGGAUGGUACAUCACCAGCAUGCCGAGAGCGGAAAAUUAUAGUGGCAAACAUGUUGCCCUUGCAUGCUCAAAAAGACAAUGGAACAGGGAAAUGGUGCUUCAGUUUGGAUAAAGAUUCGCUACUGUUGCAGUUGAAGGAUGGAUUUUCACCCGAAACAGAAGUUAUAUAUGUGGGAUCUCUCAAAGUUGAAAUAGAGGCCAAUGAACAGGAUGAAAUUGCACAGAAGCUUCUCGAGGACUUCAAUUGUGUACCCACUUUCCUUCCUUUCGAUAUCCAGAAGAAGUUCUAUUAUGGUUUUUGUAAGCAGCAACUUUGGCCUCUUUUCCAUUACAUGCUGCCCAUGUGCCCAGAUCAUGGAGAUAGAUUCGACAGACAGCUUUGGCAGGCGUAUGUGUCUGCAAAUAAGGUUUUUGCUGUUAAGAUCAUGGAGAUAGCCAACCCCGAGGAGGAUUUCAUCUGGAUCCAUGAUUACCAUCUCAUGCUACUCCCGACAUUUUUAAGGAGGCGAUACAAUCAAGUCAAGCUUGGGUUUUUUCUACACAGCCCAUUUCCUUCAUCCGAGAUAUACAGAACAUUGCCUGUGAGAGAUGAAAUUCUGAAAGGAUUGUUGAAUUCUGAUCUAAUAGGUUUUCAUACGUUCGAUUAUGCUCGCCAUUUCCUAUCCUGCUGCAGCAGAAUGCUAGGGCUCGACUAUGAAUCUAAAAGGGGUCACAUUGGCCUCGAUUACUUUGGUCGUACAGUGUACAUAAAAAUUCUCCCUGUAGGUAUUCAUAUGGGCAGACUGGAAUCUGUGAUGAAUCUGCCUUCAACGAGCAGUAAAGUGAAAGCGAUUCAAGAACAGUUCAAGGGCAAAAAGCUGAUUCUUGGAGUCGACGAUAUGGAUAUAUUUAAAGGCAUCAGUCUAAAGUUGCUAGCAUUCGAACAGCUGUUGCACCAACACCGCGACUUGCAGCGAAAACUGGUGUUGGUUCAAAUCGUUAAUCCUGCCCGGAGCUCUGGAAAAGAUGUUCAAGAAGCCAAAAGAGAAACAUACUUGAUAGCUCAAAGAAUUAACGACGCCUAUGGGUGCUCGGAUUACGAACCCGUGAUUUUGAUCGAUCGCCCCGCUCCCCGUUACGAGAAAACUGCCUACUACGCGAUGGCUGAAUGCUGCAUAGUUAAUGCAGUGAGGGACGGUAUGAACUUGGUUCCGUAUAAAUACAUAGUCUGCCGACAGGGCUCUUCUACCAUGGACGAUGCUAUGGGUAUAAAUCACGACUCGCCAAGGACAAGCAUGCUCGUCGUGUCCGAGUUUGUCGGUUGCUCGCCGUCAUUAAGCGGAGCUAUUCGGGUAAACCCUUGGGAUAUCGACGCUGUUGCCGAGGCAAUGAACAUGGCGAUCACAAUCCCUGAUGCGGAAAAGCAGCUGAGGCAUGAGAAACACUAUCGGUACGUUAGCUCCCACGACGUCGCCUAUUGGUCGCGAAGCUUCAUGCAGGAUUUGGAGCGAGCUUGCAAGGAUCACUAUAAUAAGCGAUGUUCGGGAAUCGGAUUAGGGCUUGGGUUCCGAGUUAUAUCACUUUCUCCGAGUUUCAAGAAGCUAUCCGUCAAUCGAAUGGUCUCGGCCUACAAAAGGACGAGCAGAAGGGCAGUAUUUCUCGACUACGAUGGCACCAUUGUUUCUCAAUCAUCGUUGGAUAAAUCCCCGAGCCUGGACGUCGUAAAUGCGCUCAACGUUCUGUGUAAAGACCCGAAUAACACGGUAUUUGUCGUUAGUGGGAGAUCAAGAGCCUCGCUCAGCGAAUGGCUCGCGAAUUGUGAAAAUUUGGGACUCGCCGCCGAACAUGGCUAUUUCCUAAGAUGGCACGAAACCUCCGAGUGGGAACCGUUGGUCGCCGACCUCGACUGGAAAGAUAUUGUCGAACCGAUUAUGAAUCUCUACACGGAAGCGACGGAUGGAUCUAACAUGGAAGUUAAAGAGAGCGCGUUGGUGUGGCAUCACCGCGACGCCGACCCGGACUUCGGCUCCUGCCAGGCGAAGGAGCUUCUGGAUCAUCUCGAAGACGUGCUUUCGAACGAACCUGCCGUUGUUCGGAGGGGGCAGCAUAUCGUAGAAGCAAAACCACAAGGAGUUACGAAAGGUUUGGUCGUCGAGAAGGUGCUCGCUUCGCUAGCCAACGACGAUGGCGGGAAGGCGCCGGAUUUCGUUCUGUGCGUCGGCGAUGACAGAUCGGACGAGGACAUGUUCGAGAGCAUAUUGAAAUGUGCGGCGAGUCCUGUUGGGCCUGCGGUGCCCGAGAUCUUCGCGUGCACGGUCGGGCAGAAGCCGAGCAAGGCGAAGUACUUCCUGAACGACACGGCGGAUGUGGUGCGACUCCUUCGAGGGCUCGCGAACGCGUCGAACCCGAAGCCGCAUUGCGGCGCCCAGUUCCAGGUCGCCUUCGACGGCAUCUUCUGAUGGAAUAUUCCGGCCAGGUUUGUACGUAAAUUGUUGUGCUUUUUGAGUGUCUUGAUCUUCUUCUUCUAACAUGGAAAUAUCAGAAAGCUAAAAAAAUGGACACAAUUUAUAUAUAUAUAUUUGAACACAGGCACACAUACACACAGGCGUUGCUUUAUACU